CCCGCGAAACCGCCAGAAAGUGCAAGUACAGCCGCGAUCGAGCCGCUUUCCCACGACAAACUGCAAGCGCGGCUGGGGCAACAAGACACAAAGUCGCCAAAAUGGGUCUUUUUAUCCUCACAGAGACCAGCGCCGGUUACGGUCUCUUUAAAGCCUCCGACAAGAAGCUACUCGACUCGGAUAACCUCUCUGAACGGCUAUCUACCGUCGACAAGAUUGUAAAGGAGGUCAAGUACAAGGAAUUCGCCAAAUUCGACAGUGCGGCGAGCGCACUUGAGGAGAUUACCGGAGUCAUUGAGGGCAAGGUCACGCCAAAACUGUCCAGCCUCCUCAAUGAGUUCAAGGACGAGAAGAAGGUCACUUUGGCCGUGGCCGAGAGCAAGCUCGGAAGCUCCAUCGUCAAGCUCCCGGGCCUCAACAUCAAGCCUAUCUCGGACUCAAAGACCACGGAGCUGUUCCGCGCCAUUCGCCAGCACUUGCCCGACCUCAUUCCCGGCAUGCUUCCCGAGAACUUCCAGGAGAUGUCUCUGGGCCUGUCGCACUCGCUCUCGCGGCAUAAGCUGAAGUUCUCUCCGGAUAAGGUUGACGUCAUGAUCGUGCACGCUGUCUCGCUUUUGGAUGACCUCGACAAGGAGCUAAACAUCUAUGCGAUGCGUGUGAAGGAGUGGUACGGGUGGCAUUUCCCCGAGUUGGGCAAAAUCCUUCCCGACAACCUGUCGUACGCUAGGGUCAUUGUUACCCUGGGCAUGCGUUCCAACGCGUCCAAGGCCGAUCUGUCCGAAAUUCUCCCUCACGAGAUUGAGACAGCGGUCAAGGCGGCCGCCGACAUUAGCAUGGGCACCGAGAUCACUGAUGAGGAUCUCGAGAACAUCAAACUCCUUGCUGAGCAAGUCAUCAGCUACUCAGAGUACCGGAGACAGCUUGCUGAGUACCUCGAAAACCGCAUGAAAGCCAUUUCGCCCAACAUGACUGAGCUUGUUGGCGCCCUCGUUGGUGCUCGGCUCAUCGCCCAUGCCGGGUCUCUCAUUAAUCUCGCCAAGAACCCUGGUUCCACCAUCCAGAUUCUCGGUGCCGAGAAGGCUCUCUUCCGAGCGCUCAAGACAAAGCACGCGACUCCCAAGUACGGGUUGAUCUACCAUGCUUCACUAGUCGGUCAGGCUUCUGGUGCGAACAAGGGCAAGAUGGCUCGUAAACUCGCUGCCAAGACGGCCCUUGGUGUCCGCACCGACGCUCUGGCUGAAUUCGAAGACGACGCGGAUGACGAGACGCGUGCCGCUCUAGGCAUCCGGUCCAGAGCCAAGCUCGAGAACGACCUGCGGCUACUCGAGGGCAAGCCGCUCAACAAGGGCGUUUCCCUUGGGCCCAACGGCAUCCCGCUUGGCGCGCCCAGCAAGUGGGACAUCAAGGAGGCUCGCAAGUACAACAUUGAUGCUGACGGUCUCGCUACUACCGAGGCGCCGGCACCGAAGCAGCCUCUCAUCGAGGAGGUUGAUGAGGAGAUGGUGGAUGCCAAUGGCGCGGAACCAUCAGACGCAGAGAUGGAGGACGCGACGAGCAAGAAGGACAAGAAAGACAAGAAGGAUAAGAAGGAAAAGAAGGAGAAGUCCAAGAAGUCCAAGGAGACAAAGUCUGCUGCGCCGGUCAAGACUGAAAUCACUGAGAAGGACUAUGAGCGUCUAGCCAAGGCAGCUGGUAUGUCGGUGUCUAAGUUUGCGAAGCGGUUCGCAAAGGGACAGAUUAAGGUGAACGCCGAUGGCACGGUGGAAGUUCUCGGCAAAAAGGACUCCAAAGCUCAGGAGGCCGAGGAGGAGGAAGUUGCUGAGACGCCUGUCAAGGCCAAGAGCUCGAAGCGCCAGCGCGACGAGGAGGACGGGGAGACACCGGCCAAGGAGGAGAAGCCGAAGAAGAAAAAGAAGAAGCACAGCAAGGAGUAGGCUAUUUCCGCGUCUUCUGAGCUUCUCUUUUUCUUCGCUGCUUCUCUCCUGUAUGAUACACACCUUCUGGCGUACCGGCUGGUGGUUUUGGCGUUUGGUUGGGGCGAAAGAAAGAACGGCGUUGGGGGUGGGUUUUGUGUACUGUAUAUUCAUACCGCGCUUGCAACUACACGGUGAUGAAAAACGCAGGAUUGGCUGGCUAGUUCCUCAGUGUCCUGCUUUCAAGCGGCACUUAUUCUUGGUACAUUGGAGGGUGAGCCUCUCACACGGAAAUCAACGGGAUUUUCCAUGACGUUGCUGUGGCCUGAUCGCUGUCAGUACAUAGCAUAGGUAUUAGUACU